UUUGCGAGCUAAUCGAGCUUCUGGGCUCCGUGUCACCCGGUUAUUUAAUUUAGUCUCUGAAACCAGACCGCCAAAAUAGGAGCGUUCAAUGUGCCCCUGGUCCAAGAUGAGAACGUCAGGUCGACUGAAUCUAUAACGAUGCAGGAAGAGAGGCUCUUCUCGCUUCCUGGGGCGGCGUCCGUCCCUUCUGGGAGCGAAGAACGCAGGAGCAGCUUCGUUCGUCUCAUAGGAGGUGCGAACGGAGGACACGAGGACAUGAACCAACAGCAGUUAAAUCAAGCAUCAGAACCUGAACCAACUGGCUUAGUGGAGAUCAUUGCAACAGUAGGUGCAAUUAUUCUGAUGGUCUUAACUUUCCCUAUUUCCGUGUUUUUAAUAUUCAAGGUUGUCCAAGAAUAUGAGAGGGCGGUAAUAUUUAGGCUCGGGAGGUUGAGAAGUGGCGGCGCAAGAGGCCCUGGAAUUUUCUUUGUACUGCCAUGUAUUGAUGUUUAUGCCAAAGUCGACCUGAGAACAGUUUCAUUCGAUGUCCCACCGCAAGAGAUACUGUCGCGAGACUCUGUCACAGUACACGUUGAUGCUGUCGUCUUCUACCGUGUCAACAGUCCUACAAUGGCAACAAACAAUGUUGAAAAUUACAGCCAUUCAACGCGUCUUUUGGCCGCGACCACCCUGAGGAAUGUACUGGGCACAAGGAAUCUUGCUGAAAUCCUUUCAGAACGUGAAGUAAUAUCGCACACGAUGCAGAAUUCUUUGGAUGUUGCUACAGAGCCAUGGGGAGUGAAAGUGGAACGAGUUGAAAUCAAGGAUGUUCGUCUCCCGGUACAAAUGCAAAGGGCAAUGGCUGCAGAAGCUGAAGCCACGAGAGAGGCCAGGGCUAAGGUGAUCGCUGCUGAAGGUGAAAUGAGGGCAUCACGAUCGUUGAAAGAAGCAGCUGAUGUUAUCGCAGAAAGCCCAGCUGCUCUCCAGCUUCGUUACUUGCAAACUCUCAACACGAUAUCGGCCGAAAAAAAUUCAACCAUUAUUUUCCCUCUGCCCAUGGAUCUCUUAGCGCCGUUCUUGCCCGGAGUGAACAAAUAGAACGAAGAGCGUGCCCUCGAUUUGCAGGGUAAAGAGGUUUUUAAGAAGUUUUUCCUCACAUACGCUUCUAUCAUUGCUUCGGUUGCUGAUAUUUUUCGAGUUCACCAUCCUCAUGGCAGGGAUUGCAUAUGUGGCCAUGUUCACUAAUUAUUUAUCAAAGUUUUAUUAUAUUAAGUAUAUAUUUUAUAUAAGUUAUAUUGUAUAUUAAGUUGAUAUUUUUAAUUAAGAUAAAUUAAAAGAGAAUUUUAUUUAUAUUUAAAUUUAUAAUAUACUUAUUUUUGAAUUAUGUUAUUGUUAGAUGACUUAUAGGCCUAACAGAUUAUGAUAUUCUCUGUGCUUAUUGUUUUAUUAAAUGUUUUUAUUUAGUGUUCAAUGUUUAAACACUCAAGAAUUUUAGAUUAAGAUGUUGUAUUAUCCUAAUUAGAUUAAAUGUAUGAUAAAAAAAAUUUAAAGAAAAACGUUCAUCGAUGUUUUUUUUUAUUUUGUUUUGAGUUGUGUAGAUUAUAUUAGUGUUUAAGAGGAAAAUGAAUUUAUCGAGUCUAUUUAAACUUAUCUUAAUAAGGAUACAUACCACUUGGAAGAAAUAACUUUAAGAAAAAUUUGUCUCAACAGUUUCAUCUUUUUAAUAUACGUAGUGUUUUUUCACAUGGGAUAUUAAAAAAAUAUGUAUAUGUAGAUUAAGAAUUAGGUUUAUUGUAAUAAUCUUGUUAAAUGUGGAAACUUCUUGUUAAAAACGAAAUUUAAAGUAAAUCAAUGCAAAAUAACAAUUUAACUUUGAAAGCAUUGAUGUACUGAUCACUUGUUUGGUUUAAUAUCUAUGCACUCUAGAGAAAUAAUAAUUACAAAAUUCAUUGAAGAAGUAAUGAAGGUUUAACAUUGCAUUUCAGUGUGGAAUGCGACAAGUGACAAGCUGAUUCUAUAAUCUUCUCAGGCAGUAUUUAAUUAAGCCGCACCUAAUAAUAAAUUAACUCCUGUGAAAUAACUUCUAUUAGGGGAAAACAUUUUUUCCAUAUUUUGUACACACACUAUGUGUUAUAUUUAAGAAAAAGAGAAAAACAAUAGAAAGUCAAGUUAUAAAAUAUAAUACUUUAAUAUAAUAAUACUGAAAAGAACUAUAAACUAUAAGGGACCAUAUAAACAUUAUACAUUAAAAUUUAAACUAACUUACGAUUUUUUAGCAGCAGAUUUAUAUAAUUAUUCUUCAAUAUUUUGCAAUGUAUUGAGAUAUUUAAACAAUUUUCUCAUUCUUUGUAAAGGUAUUAUUUUUUAUUGUCAAGAUCGAUCAAUAGUGGUCUCACAUUUUCUCAAUUUAUCUACUGGUGCGUAAUUGUUUUGUGUACAAUAUAUUCUUAUAAAAAAAA